AUGGCAUCAGAGAGCGGUGUGAGUGCUUGGAGCUACGAGCAAGUGGCUCAGUGGCUGCAGGCUCAAGGAUUUGAUGAGUAUGUGGGUCUGCUGUGUGAAGUCCACCGCCUAGAUGGACCCAGUCUUCUGGUUCUGACCGAAGCUGACUUGCGCGGGCCUCCUUUGAGCCUCAGGGUGCUGGGAGACAUCAAGAGGUUGGCUAUAUCCCUCCGCCGGCUCCAGAGACAGAACCAAGCCCAGCUAGAGGAGCUGGGUCUCCAACCCAGAGACAGUCUCCCACCGGAUCCUGCUGCGGCGGCCGAGUGGGGCUGCGACAGAGUCGGCAGGCGCUGCAACGCAGGGGACUGCUCCGGGAAUGGCACUGAACUUCGACUGAGGAAUGGCGCUCGAUCUGAAUACGGAUCUGGAGCGACUCUGUGUCACACGCACUCCAACGGGAAGUGUCGGCAGCCGGCUGGAAGACUGGACCCGGAGGUGUGGAAGACUAUUUUGAGUAUAAUUUAUGUUUUUUUAGUCUUUGGUUUUACUUCCUUUGUUAUGGUGAUUGUGCACGAGCGUGUACCAGACAUGGGGACCUAUCCACCGCUCCCUGACAUCUUCUUAGACAGUGUUCCCAGAAUCCCUUGGGCUUUUGCAAUGGCUGAAGCAUGUGGCCUCGUCCUGUGCUACAUGCUUAUGUUGAUCCUGCUGCUUCAUAAACACAGGUCAAUUCUAAUUAGGCGGUUGUGUUCACUGAUGGGAACUGUGUUUUUGCUUCGCUGCUGCACCAUGUUUGUCACCUCGCUCUCAGUGCCUGGCCAGCACCUCAAGUGCGCAAGUAAGACGUACGGCAAUUUGAUCGAAAAGAUACAGAGAGCAUUGACAAUCUGGGUGGGAUUCGGGAUGACACUGACCGGCGUCCAAACAUGCGGAGACUACAUGUUCAGCGGACACACGGUCGUCAUUACCUUGCUCAACUUUUUUGUGACAGAAUACACUCCAAGAACAUGGAAUUUGAUUCACACAAUCUCCUGGGUGUUGAACCUCUUCGGGAUCUUCUUCAUCCUGGCGGCGCACGAACAUUACUCUAUCGACGUCUUCAUCGCCUUCUACAUCACCACGCGUCUAUUCCUCUAUUACCACACUUUGGCCAACACCCGCGCUUACCAGCAGAGCCGCAGGGCUCGCAUCUGGUUCCCCAUGUUCUCCUUCUUUGAGUGCAAUGUGAACGGACCCGUCCCCAACCAGUACCACUGGCCCUUCGGUAAACCUGCCUUCAUGAAGACACUCAUUGGGUAG